CCUAAGCAAAUGCAAGUACAAACUCUUGAAACCACUGCAAGUUUGGUAUUUCCUUUACCCUAUAGAAAGCUACUCCUAAUGCUCCCAAUAUAUCCAAACCAAGGCAAACAAGAUACCAAACUUUACCAUCUCCAACUUUGCAUAGAACCUCAUCAAACAUAAAACAACCAAAGGGAAACACAGAUGUCUUCUGCAACUACUACUUCCUCAUGCCAAGACCAAAUACAUGGAGCAGAGAUCGCACCAGCCCACUGGUAUGGCUGGUUGCCAUCAUCUGUGCUGUUCUUGCCAUCGCCGUCAUCAUCGCCGGCAUCGUUGUCUUCGCAAUCUACAUGAUCUACCAGCCCAAAAUUCCUUACAUUCACAUCACAUAUGCUCACCUGAACAAGCUCGAUUAUGACCAGACUGGCUCACUCGACAUCGAAAUGGCUCUCACCAUCACCGCGGAGAACCACAAUGCGAAAGCUGAUGCAGGGUUCUCUGAAGCCAAAUUCAUCCUAUUGUUUCAUGCCAUAGAAAUUGCAGAGCUCCGAGCUGAUCCCUUAGAUGUCCCAAACAACAGCUCAUUGCCUCUGAAUUAUGUUGUCCAGUCUGCAGUGAUUCCACUUGAUGAGGGAGCCAGGGAUGAGAUGGAUAUAGCUCUGAAGCAGCAGAAAGUUACUUUUAGUCUCAGUGGGCAAACAAGAACAAGGUGGAGGGUAGGGAUAUUUCUAUCUGUGAAGUUUUUAUUGCAUCUCGCUUGUCAGCUUCAGUUUGUUCCAUCUAAUGGGAGUAGCAUUGGAGGAAUUGGCUGCAGUUCUAAAUCACAUUAAAUUUAUAAAUUUCAGUUCAUGUUGAGAUAUAAUAAUGAGCAUAUAGCUUCUCUAUUAGAGUUUUAAAAUGUUGUUAAUUUCAUGAAAGUGAAUCAUAGAAGUUUAUAGAUUUUUUAGUGCUGUUCAUGUGGGUGGUUUCAUUG